CAGCAUGUUAAAAUAUCUGGCUUUGAUUCUGUUUGUUGGUAUUGUCUAUGCUGGUGAGUCAUGUGACCGAAAGGAGAUGGAAGACACUAUAUGCAGCCUCUGUGGACAACGGAAAGAAAGUCGACAGAGUGGAAUUGCGUUUUAUGCCUACAUGUCGAACAAUGUCAUGGUCAAAACAUUUUCCAAACACAAAACAUUUGUCUAUGAUCGUGUUGAGACCAAUAUUGGAAAUGGAUAUGAUGCCAGGUCAGGAAAAUUUACUGCUCCAGAAAGUGGGGUUUAUGUGUUCCACUCCUCCACAACAGCACAUAACAAAUCUCACUGCACUGUAGAGAUUGUACAAAACAGUGCUGUCAAAGAUAUAGCGUGGGCUGAUGCUAUUGAUCAUAACGACAGAGCUUCUGCAUCUACAAUGACCAUUUUGAAUUUGAAGAAAGGUGAUAUUGUCAACACGCGUGUCGGUGUCACUUAUGGAGGAAACUUCAUGGAAAGCGAUAUAUACACUAGAAUGAGUUUCUCCGGAUUUAAACUUAUGUAA